AUGGAACCCAACGAAAAUAUAACCCAAAUAGACUACCAUGGAAUGUACGACGUUUUCGAGAGAAAUAAUUUCAUGAGUAUGCUUAAAGAAGGUUACAAUUUCUUCGAACUCAUGUCGACGCUCUUGAAAAUGUUGGAUGAUAUGAUGAGAUACCAGUUCACCCAUCCAGGUUUGACGGAACUCAUCGAAAGUAACAAGACUUUCGAUCUGAUGCUGGUGGAGUUUUCCCUGCCACUCUGGCCUCUUCUGAGCGUCAAAUUCGGCUGUCCAUUCAUUGGUCUGAGCACGAUGGACGCCAAUCCAGGAGCACACGCGAUGGUUGGAAAUGCUGUUCAUCCAGCCCUAUAUCAGUACGCUGAUUUCGGAUACGGCGAUGGGCUGACAUUUAAAGAAAGGCUCUUCAGUACUAGUUUCACAGUGAUUGCUGUCAUGCUGUCUCAUCUUAUAUUUUCUCCCCUUGGUAACGACUACGCCGUUAAAUAUCUUGGAGAAGGACUGCCGGAUAUGUUUGAAAUCCAUAGGAACACCAGUUUGCUUUUCGUCAACUCCAACCCAGUUUUCUUUUCACCGAGACCUGUCACGCCUAUUACCAUCAAUUUGGGAGGGGGGCUUCAUUUGACAGAACCGAAAGACCUUCCAAAGGUGAGAUACGUAUAUAUUGCAUUUCCGCAUGUUAGAUUUUGA